AUGGCUCAUCAAGCAGUCCGCAGACAGUCCACCAAACUCAAGAUCGAGAACCACAAAAUUAGGUUCCACUACCUCGAGACCAAGAACUCCACUACGUUCGACGCAGCCGACUUCGWCCAACCCGGCGCACUCCGUCGAUAUCGGAACGCAAAGGGUGCCUUUCGCUUGUCCUGGAAGAUUCUUGUCGAGAAGCUUGGAGAGGAAUGCGGCUUUGACAAAGACAAACAUGUGCUGGCGUAUUCUGGCACGCGCCACCCAAAGUAUGCCAUGAAGACAUAUGCUGCGAAAGCGGUGAGCAACGAAAAGAGMUUUAAUGCUGCUUUUAGGGAGCAAAUUGAGUGGUUCAAGGCGUCGGAGGGAGGUGGAUACGUCGUCUUUUGGGCGUUGCGGAAGCGGGAUUUGGAGUUGCGGGAGGAGAAUCUCGAGGACACGGAGAUGGAAGUCACGAGAGAGGCCUUUCUUAAGGAGGCCGGGACGGAUGUCAGCGAUGAGGAUGGCCGUCCUUCUCAGAGAUUGAGGGAAGUGGUGGGGACGUGGAGCGAGGGAGUUGCCGAGUAUCCCGAGUGCGAAGACCAAAGAGUGGAUGACACGGGAUGA